AUGAAAGCUUUUAUUAUUUAUUUCAUCUGUUUUGGUGUGGUUUUUAUCAACCAAACUGCAGCACAAUGUGAUAAGCUUCCUGAAGAAAUGGAUCUCGAGGAAUGUUGUAACUUUCCCGACAUGAGUUUUGAUGAUGCAAUUGAUAAAAUUGUAGACCAACUAAAAGAUCAACAUCUUGAUGGAUUUAUGAUGGCUUGUAAAGUUUCAGAAUCUCUAUUCAAAGAAUUAAAGUUGACGAAGGGCACUGAAAUUGAUGACGCGGCUACUCAAAAGUACAUCGAUACACAAGUUCAUGAUCCAAACUGGAAGCCUGUAACAAAAGCAGCUGUAACCGAUUGCUUAAAGUAUGUUUCUGAGAAAAAAGAUGCAAUAGCCAAGAUAUUGGAAGCAGCACCUUUCAACAUUAAAAAGGAUAAAUGCAAUGCUUCUUUUGUUGCAAUGGGAGCUUGUUAUCACUUCAAAGUUUACCAGAGUUGUCCCAAAGAUCAAUGGACUGAAUCAAAGAAAUGUUCGGCAACUAAAGAUUGGAUCGUAAAGUGCAGCAAUAACAUGGAUAUUGUUAAAGCUUUUGGGUCGUUGAACAAAGCUUAAUGACAGUGGAAUUGGAAUUGAUUAUUGAUUGUGAAAAUAUGAAAUAAUAAAUUGUUGCGACAGAAAAUU